CAAAAUCUCAAAACACAGCGGAGGUGCAACGGCCCCCAAGGACUGAGGUAAACAACACAAGCUCCAAUGCCACAACAGAGAAGGAGGAAUCGGAUGAGACUUCUUUUAAGACAAACAAUGACUAGAAGACCUACUGGGGGUGGACGCCCGCGCCUGUUCACCCAACAACAGGAACUUGCCAUUGUGAACCUAGUCAGAGCAAACAAUGCAAUCCGUCUCCACCAGCUACAGCAACAAAUACUUGAAGAUACACAGGUAUUCAACAACAUAAAUCGAGUAAGCAUUACCACUAUCAGACGCAUCUUGGUAAAGCACAACAUGACCAUGAAGCAACUGUACAGGGUCCAAUUUGAGAGGAACAGUGUCGGGGUCAAAGGACUUCGACAUGAAUAUGUACAGAAACCACCAAAUGUAAACUUUAUUAUGGACCUAAGUGAAGUGUCUUAUGAUAUACUGUUUCACAUCCUAAUCCAUGUUCCUUUUUGGGAACUGAAUUCAAACUGUAGACUUGUGUGUAAGCGAUGGAAAGAUGCUGUGGACAGUCAAUCACUUUGGAGGGAGAAAUAUAAACAGGCGCUAAGCAAGAAACUCCAGACACGCCUACCAUCCAACACUGACUGGAAGAAUCUGUUUUACAAACUGUUUGCCAGGAACCUUAUCAAGAACCCUUGUGGAGAUGAUGGCUUUGAAUACUGGAAUGUCAAUCAUGGUGGUGAUGGUUGGGUGAUUGAACGUCAUCAUGGAGAACUGAAGGAAACUACAUCACCUAACUGCUUUGUAACCUCAUAUAGGUGGUGCAAGAAGACGCAGUGCGUCGACUUGCUCAAAGAAGGAUUUGAAGAGCAUUUCCUUGAUGACUUUCAACCCGACAUCCUAAUUAAUGACUGGUAUGGUUCCCGUAAUGAUUGUGGAGCCAAAUACAAAAUUAAAGUUCACCUUUUAAAUUCCCAAAAGCAGCUAUUGAUGUCUUUUAAAAAGCAAUACCCAGAGAUUCCACAGUGGAAUAACUGCUCCUAUAAUAAGGUCCAACGUGUUUUCCGCAACUAUGGGCCAGGUGUGCGCUUUGUUGUCUUCUCCCAUCAAGGAAUAGACAAUAAGUUUUGGGCAGGGCACUAUGGAGCGCGGAUUGCCAACAGUACUGUUAAGGUUUUUCCUGAUAAUUGUUGAAAGGAGAUUAUUUAAAAGAAGACUUUUUUUUUGUAACUUUGUUUGAUGCUGUACAGAAGAGUUAUGUACUUAUAUGCAAUUAUGCUAAUAUGUCUGUCUAAAAUCAUUUUAUUUAUGUUUUACAACAAAUAUUUAAAAAUCUUAAGAAAUAAAUACCAUAAAGUCAUUCUAAUAAUUAUACAGUAUAAUUUGAUUGUUAGAAUGAAAAUAAAAUGUAUGCAAGCUAAUAAAUUAAAAUUAAGUGCCAAUGUUCUUGUACUGUUCAUUUUUUUAUGUUGUAAAACAAGAAGUAGACAAGCAAAAAGGUAUGGGGGCAUCUCCGUCACCCUGCA